AUGGAGGAAUUAGAUUACAACACUGAAGAACUUCGUGUUGAACAUGCGACAUUAUUUGCUAAAUUAAACAAUGAGCAAAAAGAGAUAUACCAUGCUGUUUUGCAAUCUGUUGCUCAUGAUGAAGGAACUUUUUUUUUCGUGUAUGGUCAUGGUGGUACAGGAAAAACUUUUCUUUGGAAAACCAUCAUAUGUGCCCUCAGAGGAAUUGGUCAAGUUGUUUUAGCUGUUGCUUCAUCUGGCAUAGCUUCUUUAUUACUUCCUCGAGGUAGAACUGCUCAUUCAAGAUUCAAGAUACCUAUUGAUGUUGAUGAUCUGUCUACUUGUGAAAUAAAAAAAGGAACACAAUUAGCAAGAUUGCUUCAAAAAACUGCUCUUAUUCUUUGGGAUGAAGCACCAAUGAUACAUAGGAAUUGUCUGGAAGCAUUGCAUAGAAGUCUCCAAGAUAUUAUGCUUGAUGAUACCCGACAUGAAAACAAUAAAACCUUUGGCGGAAAAACAGUCCUCCUCGGAGGUGAUUUCAGACAAAUUUUGCCUGUCAUUCCAUCUGGAUCUAAGCAUGAUGUGAUCAAUGCUUCGAUAUGUAAAUCUCCUCUAUGGGAACAUUGCAAAAUCUUUACUCUACAAACAAACAUGAGAUUAUUGAGUCGAUCGCUUGAUCAAACUGCAACUGGUGAAAUCAAAGACUUUGCUACAUGGAUUCUGAAUGUUGGUGAUGGUUGUGCACAAGGAAUUGGUCCUAAUGUUGAUGACGAUACAACAAUCAUCAAAAUUCCAAAUGAUUUGUUGGUUAGUCCAGGAAAUAAUCCAAUUCAAACGAUAUGUUCUACUAUCUAUCCUGACUUUGCUCAAAAUUUUGCAGAUAUAUCAUAUUUGCAACAUAGAGCGAUAGUAACUCCGUACAAUGAUACAGUCACCCUCAUCAACGAGUUCAUGCUUUCCGAACUGCCUGGUGAUAUCAAAACUUACUUGAGCUGUGACACAAUUUCAAAGAGUUCGUCGAGCACCAGAGAUGAAGAUUUUUUGUAUCCUACUGAGUUUCUCAAUUCUCUAUCUUUUAAUGGGAUUCCGAACCAUAAACUUCAACUAAAAGUUGGUGCUACAAUCAUGUUAUUAAGGAACAUAAACCAAAGCUUAGGAUUAUGCAAUGGCACUAGAUUGAUGGUGACUCAUUUAGCAUCCCGUGUGAUCCAAGCUGAAAUCAUCUCUGGAAACCAUAUAGGUGAAAAAGUAUUUGUUCCUAGAAUAAACAUGACAGUAAAAAAUUCAAAGUGGCCAUUUGUUUUGACCAGAAAACAAUUUCCGAUCAGAUUGUGUUAUGGGAUGACAAUAAAUAAGAGUCAAGGACAAACACUUGACAUAGUUGGCCUAUUUUUGCCUAAGCCAGUUUUCACUCAUGGCCAGUUAUAUGUUGCUCUUUCAAGAGCAACAAGUAGAGAAGGAUUAAAAAUAUUAAUCCAAUCUGAAAAUGAUUCUAAUAUAGGAACUACUAAAAAUAUUGUUUAUAAAGAAAUUCUACAUGCUUUACAUUAG